CAAAGCUACUCAUGGCAUUCACCAACAAGCAUGCUCUCUCCAAGGCAGCGCGUGCGUGUUAGUGUGUGUGGAUCACCACAUUAAUCAGCACCAUAACCAGAUUCUCUCCAAGGCAACAAGAUUCUAGGCAAGAUGAGCCGAACAACCUGCCUUCAAUCAAUGGAGAAGUGGGAGGAGGCCCCGCUGCUGGAGCACAGGCAGGGGGGGCAUAAUGUGAGCGGCGACGGAGAGGCCCGGCUGGGGCGCCGGCUGUUGGAGGAGAACCGGACGCUGUGGGCGGUGGCGGGGCCGGCCAUCUGCACGCGCUUCUCCACCUUCGGGGUCACCGUCAUCAGCCAGGCCUUCAUGGGCCACAUCGGCCCCACCCAGCUUGCCGCCUACGCCCUCGUCUCCACCGUCCUCAUGCGCUUCAGCAACGGCAUACUGCUGGGCAUGGCGAGCGCGCUGGAGACGUUGUGCGUGAAGUCGUACGGGGCGAAGCAGUACCACAUGAUGGGCAUCUCCCUGCAGCGCUCCUGGAUCAUCCUGACCGGCUGCGCCGUGCUCAUGCUCCCCAUCCUCAUCUUCACUGAGCCUCUCCUUGUCUCCAUCGGCCAGGACCCCCUGAUCAGCGCUGUCGCGGGGACCAUCUCGCUCUGGUACAUCCCUGUCAUGUUCGCCAACGUCUUCAGCUUCACUCUCCAGAUGUACCUGCAGGCCCAGAGCAAGAACAUGGUCAUCACCUACCUUGCAUUUGUCACCCUCGGUCUCCAUGUGUUCCUGUCGUGGCUCUUCACCGUCAGGCUGCACCUUGGGCUCGCUGGGGCCAUGACCUCCAUGGUCAUUGCCAUGUGGAUUCCUGUGUUUGGGCAGCUCAUCUUCGUCUUCUUUGGUGGCUGCCCUCUCACAUGGACUGGGUUCUCCUUCACAGCAUUCACCGACCUUGUCCCUAUCCUCAAGUUAUCUCUAUCCUCUGGUGUCAUGCUCUGUUUGGAAUUGUGGUACAGCACCAUAUUGGUGCUCCUUACCGGGUACAUGAAGAAUGCAGAGGUUGCACUCAAACCUUAA